GUGUGUUGUAUAUAUCCCGACGUCGGCAACUAAGAAAAUAGUUAGCUAAGCUUAUCUUCACAGAUGGUGGUAAUACGGAGCAACGAUAUUUUUAUAGUCCGAAAUAGUGUAAACGGUAACAGUAUUCAUGAAUUUUCUUACUUAGUAUUUGAGAACGUGUCCAAAUAUUCGUAUUUUUAAACAUUACAAGUCUCCUCUCCCCGAAUUUUGUACAUUAAAUGGAGGAGAAGAAGGAAGACGGAGACUCGGAGAUACAGGAACACGGACCCGAACACUGGUUCUCAAAAUGGGAGCGGCAGUGUUUGGCCGAAGCGGAGCAGAGGGAGCCGAGCGAGGAGGAGGCCGACAACGACCAGGAUAAACUGUGGCAUUUGUUCCAAAACUCCGCUACUGCCGUGGCACAGUUAUACAAAGAUAGAGUAUGUCAUCAGCAGGGCUUGUCAUUGUGGGUGCCAUUUCAGAAUGCUGCCACAGCGGUUACCAACCUCUACAAAGAGAGUGUGGAGGCCCAUCAGAGAAGUUUUGACCGGGGCAUCCAGAUAGGCCAUCAGCGGCGAAAUAAGGACAUGUUGGCUUGGGUGAAAAAGCGGCGGAGAACUAUCCGCAGGGAGGAUCUCAUCAGCUUUCUGUGUGGCAAAGCACCACCACACAGGAGUAGCAGGACCAACACACGCCUGGCCAUGGUGGCCCCCAGCCGAGCAAAUUCACCAGCAGAGACUGGAUCCUCUGUGGAAGCAGACCUCCAGCCCUUCAGGGAGGCCAUCGCCUUGCAUGGUCUAAGCGGAGCCAUGGCAAGUAUCAGUGUGCGCUCUGGUGCUCCAGGUUCUCCCACACAUGUGAGCGGGAGUAGCAGUAAUGGAGGUGGAACUGGUGGAGGUGGUUCCUCAGGCUCUGGACCGGUGUGCCGCACCAGACGUAACGGGCUCCAAGACGUUGACCUGAACACUUUCAUCUCAGAGGAGAUGGCACUGCAUCUGGACUCUACAGGCUCCGCCUCUGCUGGAGGAGGAACCAGGAAACGAAACUCCACCCAAUGUAGUGAUGUCAUCACAGACUCCCCUACUCAUAAACGCAACAGGAUGAUCUGAUCUGCUGCCUGCCUAUGUGUGUAAAGGGGGUGGGGGAGUCUUUAAAGCCAAGGCUAGGAAAGGGGAUUGAUGGGCUUAUGCAGGACAUGUGGGCAGAUGAACGGACCGACAGCCGCUCACAUUCUGGGCUCCACAAAAGAAUCUUGGCUGAAGAUAAAAACACGGACUGGAGGCUCUCAGUUCAGUCUUGAAAAUGUUGGGUGAUUUCUUUUCCUUGUCUUCUUUCCUGACGCUUUUACUACAAAUCAUUGAAGAGCAAUCAGAACUCUUUGAGUGCUUGUGUGUUUGUGUGUGACCGUUUUAGUGGACUGGAUGGCAUCACACAUCCCUCAGCCGUCACUUCCUUGGAAAGGAGACAACGAAGGAAGUCACCAACUCAUUCUGGGAGGCAGACAGUUCUCAAAGGGGUAAAAAUGCACUGUGCUGCUUUAAAAGUAAAAAAAAAAAAAAAUAGCCACUUGAUCUUUAACACAUUUGUGCCCUUUUCCUCCCUUAAUCUCACUCAUCCACACCCACCACCUUAAUAUGGAAGUGAGGGCCAUGAUCAAACUGUCUCACUCAGCGAAUCGAGUUGCUCGCCAGAUGUUGGAACAGAGACUCACCUUCACAACACACAGCCCAUCUGAUCUUUUUGUUACUUUGUCAUUGCAGUUCUUAGUUGACGUUCCUGUCGGUGUUGGAACUAGAUCACCCAAGAUUGAUCUAUCUGCCGCUUGUAACCAGUUUCACUUCUGGCUACUACAGUAAUAGCAUGGCGACUGAUGUGUGGGCACUUAGACCUAAUUCUCUGCUAGAACAGUGGCUCGUUUUGGUUCAACCAGUCGCGCCUCUUUGUGUUUGUUUUUGGUUUUUAUUUUACACCCACCAGUGUUAAAAGAAUAGGUUCAUUGCCACCGUUUUCAGCAGUGACAGCCAAGUUAAUAUUGAGUUCUUUCUCCACUUUCUUAUUUUUUUGUCUUAUGUUGAGGAUAAUGAAAAGGAAAUAAUUUUUUGUUUGUGCGUUCUGCUUCUCUGAUGGCCCAUUUUCUGACUGCCGCGCCUUCUCCCUCAUUUCCCUCGUCUUACCCCGAAAGCAGCUGCUCUUUUUAUGUGAUCAUGUAAUUAUUCUGAUAAGUUGCAAUAAGGAUUUUUGGCACUUAGCUUUCACCUCCAAGUCAUGCAAACAAAUCAGCUCUUCCAUUAAAUCCAGUUGUAGCCUUGUCUAGCCCCAAAAGGGGGUGGGAAUUGAUACAAUUUUAUUGAUAACAGUGUCCUUAUCAAUUCUGCUUUUUGGCAAAAUUCUUAAUGGAUUGUCUGAUUUUAAAAGGAUCAGAUGAUUCAGUUCCCAUCCCCGGCCCUCAACAGGCCCAUUUGUUGCACACGUUACUUACAGGUGGUGCUCAGAGGAAAUCACUUGACUCAAAAUGGAGUUUCUCUUACAGACCUUGGAUCAAACAAGUCGUCUUCAUCGAGCUGAAUUCAGACACAGCAUCCUUCCCUGUGUCACUAAUGAUUUAAGUUAUUAGAAGAUAAUCGGUGCUGUAAAGAAAGAAAUCAGAAAGUUAACGUUUCUCAGCAGACCCAAAAAAUGCGACAACCAGCGAAGCCAAUUCACCGCAUGGUUUGGCUACGCUGUCAGUUUGGGAGUUGGGACACAGUUUACUUUUUGUAUAAGGGGUGUGUGCAUUAAUAUGACAUGGAUGUGCUUGAUUUUUACUUGGUACAGGAUGAUGCAACUCGGGGCUUGUUCAACUCUUGAAAUGGUAGUUGCCUUCCAUCAGUCUUUAAGGGAGCAGAGUGGGAGACACUGAUAUCACGAGUCAGAUAUUUGGGUAAAUGUAGUCUUUGUAGAGUGAUGUGAGCUGGUACUGUACCACUGUCUGUCUUAUUUGGAGUUAUUAUUAACACAAUGAUUAUUGGAGUUCAAUCUGAGGUCUUAUUUCAGUUUGUGUGGUUGUAAUCAACUCAAUUGUGUAACAGAAUAUGCUUUCAUUCAGCAUAGAAACCUAACAAAGUGUAAGCACUAAAAGAGCUUGACUUGUCUAAUUGGUCAACGCGUUAUAAAUAUUUCCAUAGAUGCUCUGCAGUAGUAUCAGUACAGUGAGUUGUCAGACCUUCAGCUUACUACCUGUAAUGCCCACCGUAGCUGACUUGUGACACGUCAGUGUUCCCUUCUCUUUUUUUCCUCUUUUUGUUUUUUGUCAAGUCGUUCACUCCCCUUUCACAACCUGACAAGUUUUCCCUUUUAGUUGUUUAAAGCAUGCCAGUUUUUAACUUCUGUUACAUUUUGGUCACAGAUUUCAUUUAGGUUGGCUUUUAUAUUAUUCAUACAUGAUUGCUGGUUAGUCAAUGAAAGAAAGUAAUCAUACUUUUGUUUAUUCUGUCAUAAUGAAGACUUUCUGUGUUUUGGAGUUUGUUCUUGCAUACAAGUGAAACCACUUAAUGAGACUGAAAAAAUGCACGCUUCAUUUGAAGAACAGAGAUUUGAUUUGCCUUCAGAAUACCUCUGGUAAUUGUAAGACGGACAUCAAAUAAUUCAGUCAUUUGGGUGUUAUUUUUUUGUUGCAAAGGUGAAUAAUCUCUUGCUAAAUGUGAGUAGCUUCAGUUCUUGCACAGUUACGACAAUGUAAGAUAGGAAGGAUCCAGGUUUCUUGGACAGGAACUUCUCCAUUGCAGUUUAUUCUAUUGGAUCUAAGCCUUGCAGGGGGUUCAUGGCGGAUUAUGAUGUUUGGGGUUGACAGAGGAUUGGAGUCGACGUGAAUCAUGAGGACCGGCCAGAAAGCCUGUCCACACACUCCUCAUUAAAUCAGAGGAAUGCAUUUAGAAUAUUUUAGUGUUUUUUCUUUCUCCAGACACUUUGCUCACUGUUUAGUGUCUAACACUCCAAAUUGACAUUAGUAGCAUUCCUGACUGAAACCAAAUGGUGUAUCUAACUACAACUUAGUAGCUAUAACCCUGCUGCGUUUCAAUGAAAGAAGAAUGUGUAUGUUAAAGGGAAGAUUAAGUCAAGUGUCUGCAAGAAGAAUGAACUAAAAUCCAACUGUCAAAGGACAAUUUCUCUUAAGCUCCAUUAAAGACUUGCCCACAACUUUGUGGUGUCAAAGUUUUUGUUUUCUCUGUUUUUGUUUUUUCCUUUUGCUGACAUGAAGCCUUGAUAGCACAGAGCAGGAUUGUGCCAUCUGUCCAAUACCACUGUUCAACCUGCAACAGCGGUGACCCCCACUGAUUGGUUCUGAUAGAGGGUCGCUACUUGUUUUUCUUUUCUCUGAGCCAGUCACCGGCCUUCAUCCACAUUGUUUCAAAAGGCUGACUCAUGCCACGUGUCUCUGGAGCCAACACUAUUAUCAGCUGUUUCUUGAAUACUUAUUUGUUUAAAAAGUAAUAAAUGGCUAAUCUAUAUACUUAACAUUUAAUUGUUGGUAUGAUAUAUGUGGUUCACAAUGUAAAAGAAAUAAAACCAUUGAGUUGCAAUUG